AUGGACAAUAUCCCGCAGUCCAUAAACCCAAUCCCUGCUUUCUACUGUUGUUACCUUCUCCGUUCAACCGUCCGACACGCUAGUCUCUAUAUUGGUUCGACUCCGGAACCAAGUCGUCGUUUGGCCCAACAUAAUGGAGAUAGAACCGGCGGCGCAAGAAAGACAUCAAGCGAGAAAUUAAGGCCAUGGGAGAUGGUGGCUAUUGUGAGUGGGUUUACGAAUAGAGCCGGCGCGUUGCAGUUUGAAUGGGCGUGGCAACACACAAAAGAAUCCCGCCAUGCUGAGGUUGAAAGGUGCGAGAGCGAGCAAUUAGGUACAAGGGGAUCUUCCAGAACGGGAAAAGAGGUCAAACGUGCAGGCAAACCUCGUACCUCGCUGCCGAAUAUUUUGGAAAAUCUACAUAUUCUACUACGGUCGCCGUACUUCUCAGAAUGGCCCUUGGAAGUGUGGUUUUUCUCAGCAGAUGUGUGGCAGGUUUGGUCGCAGCCCAAGGGUAAUUUACUAGAUAAUAGCAUCAAGGUGGUAACCGCUUUUAGCUCCAAGGAGGCAGGCGAUACCAACAGGCGGGAAAUUCUUGGAAAAAGAAUUGAAACACUCGAUACCGGCUACGAUGCUCUCAUAGAGUAUGUGGAAAAAUCGCAAUUUUUACUUGAAUCUGAGGAAGCGAUCGAUUGCGGUGUGUGCAAACAAAGGUUAAAUCCGCGGAAUGAUAUGAUUGCAAUAUGUUCACAUAGCCUGUGCCGCUGCGCUUCUCAUCUUUUAUGUUUGUCGGCACACUUUUUGGAGGCGGCAGGUUUUAUUGGAAAGUUAAUACCAAAGGAAGGGACGUGCCCUGCCUGUCUGGGAAAAUUGGAAUGGCCAACCCUAAUGAAGGAAAUUACAUUGCGGCUUCGUGGCCAAGAAGAGGUGAAACGGUUAUUGGGACGGAGACGGAGGACGGAACAGGUGGGGAAAAGAAAAAUUUCGAAUCAUGUUUCCUCGGAAAAAGGCGAAAGUGAAGCCUCGAUGCCAUCCACGGACGCCAAAACAAUGGCCUUGCCGAUUCGUUCUCAUCCCUCGGUGGGCGGGAGCAAUUUUGGAAAGUUAGGGAGAAGUGUUGGCAGCGCGAUCAGGACAAACACAGACAAUGGUUCUGUGAAAGCAGUCACGCCUGAAAUCGAGUUUUAUAGACGACGUAAAUGCAAUGCGAAGAAGAACUUCUCGGGUUUAUAUAGCACCCCUAGAAUCAACAUAUCCGACUGGGACAACGCUGAGAUUAUCGAGUGA